AUGGGAGAGGUCAGGGAUAGAGUAUUUGAGUUGGGCAGUGAGAGUAUCAGUGAUGGGUUGCCUUUCUUUCAAUUGGGUUAUAUUAAGGGAGAUACUCACGAAGGAUUAAGGAUUGUUUGCCAGAAUAGGAAAGUAAUAGAUCCGAUAGCUAAAAAAGCUGUUGGAAUUACUCCAUUUCCUAAACUAUCCUUAUUCAAAAUAGACACUAACUUCGCUAGCAACUUUUGGAAUAGUUUUUCGGGAUCAAACAUUAGAGAGCUAGAAGGAAUUAAUUUUGUCGAUGAUUUAGUGAUUAAAAAAGUAGAAGGCACUAGUUUGAGUGAUGCAUUGAAUGGUGCUUUUAUGGCAUUCAUUGCUCCUCAUGAUUUUGCUGAUGAUAAUGUUAAAAAAGAUGGCACAAGAAACUAUUAUUAUGACGAGAUAAAAGGCACAGCAACUUUUGCUGAGAAUAAUGGACAAAAAUGA